GGGGGUGUCAGUUUCAUUCACUCACUAUUGUCUCUCUCUCUCUUCUCACUCAAUCACCUGAGUGACUGACUCCACCGCCGAACGUCAACCAGAGAUCCUUUUUGAAUAUUCUGGCCUUUUAUCUCUCUCUCUCUCUCCCCCUGUUUUUCUCUUUUGAUUUCCCGCAUACUUUAUAACCAACAACAAAUAAAUACCCUGAAUAGAAAAAAAACCACAUCACAAUCUGGGCUCUUCUUCCCCCAUAUUAGCCCCACGUCCACAAAUUUCACAACUCAGCAUACCCCCACCUAAACCUCUCCACAGGUAUCACCGCCUCCUCCUCCCUUCACUAUUUUUUGCCUACUUCAUUUUUUCUUCCCUUUUGUCUGUAUUACCUGUCAAAAAAAAAAAAAAAAAUUAUGCUGCCAUUCGAGUCCAUUCAAGAGGCGGAAUCCGCCUUAGGCCGCGGCCUCUCCACGGCGGAGACCCUCUGGUUCAAUUAUUCCGCCCGUAAAUCUGACUACUUCCUCUACUGCCACAACAUCCUCUUCCUCUUCCUUAUUUUCUCCGUUGUCCCUCUUUACUAUAUUGCCCUUGAGCUCUUCUUCCGCAACUCCGUCUCCCCUUACAAAAUCCAGCCCAAGGUCCGCCUUUCCUUGUCCGAAUGCUUCAAUUGUUACAAAUCCGUCAUGCGCAGCUUCAUUCUCAUUGUGGGUCCUCUUCAACUCGUCUCUUAUCCCUCUGUCCAGAUGAUUGGGAUUAGGUUCGGCUUGCCCUUGCCUUCAGUAUGGGAAAUAGCAGCUCAAUUGACUGUCUACUUUAUAGUGGAAGACUAUUUGAACUAUUGGAUUCAUAGGUUCUUGCAUUGCAAAUGGGGCUACGAGAACAUCCACAAGGUUCACCAUGAAUACACUGCCCCAAUUGGAUUUGCGGCGCCCUAUGCUCACUGGGCUGAGAUUUUGAUCCUCGGGAUCCCGUCUUUCCUCGGACCCGCCAUGGUCCCUGGCCAUAUUAUUACCUUCUGGAUGUGGAUCGGAUUAAGGCAGAUUGAGGCUAUUGAGACUCACAGUGGGUAUGAUCUUCCCUGGACUCCCACAAAAUACAUUCCAUUUUAUGGUGGUUCAGAUUACCACGACUACCAUCACUACGUCGGUGGCCUAAGCCAGAGUAAUUUUGCAUCGGUUUUCACAUAUUGUGAUUAUAUUUAUGGGACGGAUAAGGGCUAUCGCUAUCAAAAGAAGCUCCUUCAACAGUUGCAGGAGGGAUUGAAAUCCAAUGGCGACCUCAACGGGGUUCCUUCCGAAAAUCAUAAAGCUGACUAAUUUUGGGAUGUCAGAGCAUCAGAACCUUCUCCACCAAGGCAUUGCCUCUUCCCAUUUACCACACCACUCAAAGCCUUAGGAAUUGAGUUGACAUGUUGUGUAGUGUUUUCACGGCACUAAUAUCUGCUAGUCUGUGAUCUUAAGUUUUUCUGAUGGGAUGUAAGUUUAAAAAAAUAUCUUCUAAUGUUAUAAUCUUGUGUAGCCUCUUUUCCGGUCCGGGGUAAGCUUGAAAAUUAGUGUAGGGGCCUGAACUUGGUUUGCCGUGUAGUGAUAUCCAAACAGCAAGUGUUGGGUUGAUGCAUAUUUUCCAGUAAGCAGGAAUUGGCUUGCAUCUUUUGGGCCGUUUGCAAUUUGCAAAUCACUAUUGAUUGUAUAAACUAGUAUUGCUAGUACUACUCUGCAGAAUAUAGAUGUUUUGGCUGUGUUUGAAGUGCUCAUGUUGGAAGAACUCAAACCAAUUCUAUCCGCUUGUCAUUUGACAUUAACAAACGUUGUCCAGAGGAACCAACAAACUCAAAACCUGCAUAAAUGUCCUGUCUUUAUCGUGGUAAUUCAUUACAGUAUCACUGAUCUCUGCUUGUUCCGAAGCUUUCAUUUUCCAGAAUUGAAUGGCCCUUCUCUUUUUCAGUGCCGGAAUGAAUUACCACCAUUUACCACCACUCUUUUACCAGCAAUAUGAUGCAGUCCUUACUUUAAAAGUAGCAAACACUCACCAGGGCUGUGACUUACAACAGCCAUUAGGCUCUGCAGUAAAUAAAGAUGGCCGUAUUGUUUCCC